CUAAAACGAGUCAUCGAAGAAGAACUGGAAAGUGUCGAAGCUAUGGCUGAAGUUGAUCGCCUCAGUAAUCAGGGUGAUGAUAAUCUUGAGUUGCUGCUAGACCCAAAGGAAUGCCCGUUUGAGGUGGUCGACAAUCCCGGUGAGCAGACAGUCGUCUUGAAACGGAUGUUUGGAGAUAAUGAGUGUAUCCAAAUCGAUGUUGAUAUGCCAGGAGGAGAAGAUGACUUAGACGGUGAUAAUGAGGAUAGUGAUGAUGUUGAUGAGGAUUGUCAUGAUGGCAAGGGUAAUCAUGAGUUUAGUAUCCCUAUGAAGGUGACUAUAAGCAAAGGAGAUGGACCUUCUUUGGAGCUUUGUUGCUUUGGCAUUCCCGACGAUAUUGACAUUUAUAGCAUUUCACUGACGAGGCCUGAGUUUUCCCCUAAUCAGAUCCCUUACAAGGGUCCAGAAUUUCUGGAUUUGGAUGAGAAUUUACAAGCAUCUUUCAGGGAGUAUCUGGAAAUGAGAGGGAUUGAUGGCUCUUUGGCAAAUUACUUGCACAAGUACAUGAUGAAGAAACAAGGGAAAGAGUACAAGGAAUGGUUGAAGAGCAUGAAAGAGUUUGUUGAGAGCUGAGAAUUACAUACUUUUAAGAUUUAAAAGAAGUGUUUUGGGACAGGGUAUGUAUGCUUUUCUCUCUCCUUCUAGAAUACUUAUACUUUGGUAUAUGUUUCAGUGUAGUAUAAGGUUAGUUUUGAUGUCUAAAUGCUGCAGAAGUAUCCAGUUCAGUAACUCUAUUUCUGCCUAGUUAUUCACUUUUCCGGAAAGUUAUGUGAAAAUGAUAAAUGUUCAGAAUAUUGCAAGUCCAUUUUCUGGAGAGUUAUGAGAUUAUGCAUUUUCAUUU